CCGUAGCAAUCUUUUACACGGGCCUAGUGUCUAUGGCAAUUCGAAAUAAGGACAUUGGCACGCGUUUCCACGCAAGUCGCACAAACGAGCUUGUACGAAUCGUAUUAUGUCGAAUCGGUCGAUCAAAUGUUCGUCCCUCGUUCGAAAUGAAGUUAUUGCACAUCGCGUACAUAUUCCGUUCCAGGCAUAUCGAAUGUUAUACUCGACAAAUGAACCGAUCAAACCGUUCCUUUUCAAACUGCUUCUAUUAUAUUGCACGUGUACUGUCACGGAAGCACGACCUUACGCAAGUACAACUUCGAAUUGGAUGUGUGCGAGAAGAAAGGUGUACGUUCGGAGAGUUUCUUUAUGCUUACGAGUAAGAAAGAAGGGGACCAACAACAGAGAGAUGAUUCUAACGUAAUAUUCGCUUUAGAGAGCUCUUAUUACGUUUCGUACGAGGGAGUAGUCCGACAGUUAGAUGAGAACUUUGGUGAAGUUCAGAUCUCCGAUCGUAUACGAUACGAUACGACAUAUUUCCAAGUGCCAUGUGGAUACCGUGCACAAACGAGCUCGAGUAGCUGCAAAUCUUUGCGACGUCGCUGAAUUCUGCGCCUGCGUUCUGUAGUACUCGUUUGAACAAGUUAUUAGUUUAGUAAUCGUUUCAAGCAUCAGUGAAAUCCGAAAACAUGGUUCAAUGUAGAUGUGUAUUUGUCUCGGCCACAUUUCACGUGCUUAACAUUAUUGGACAAUGUUUCCGAUCGCAAUGCCUAACGAUCGACAAUCGCAUAGCUGCCGUUGGAAAUGGUAAAAUUCCUGGAAUAAUUCGUCUCAAAGCAAAAGUUGAUCGGACCGAGUCCUCUCUGCCUUCUGCUGUUCAAAAACUGACAUUUCUUCUCUUAGAUUGUUACGCAAGGAUAUCCGUGGGGUCCAAGUUGUCUAACGUGGACAUCGCUUCGCGAGUCGAGGUCGCAAGUUUAAUGGAAUGCGAAGAACACUGUUCGCAGAGUGAACGCGUUUGCGUUUCAUUUAUGUUUGGCGUCGGCGUAAAGGGUAAUGGUACUUGUGCAUUGAGCGCCCGACAACCGGAUCUGAAAAAUCUGGAAAUCGAUCCCGAUUAUGACGUGUACGUGAAAAAUCAACAAACCUCGCCAUGGUGUAACGUUGUACAUUCGUACGGACGUUUUCCUAUACGCAACAUUGGAAAUUCCACCGUUGAACCUGACAAACGAUUAAAUACAAAAGAUUCUAUUACCUUCGUCGAUGAUAGUUCUUUUCUAAAAUCAAUCAAACCUGAAUCGUCGCCGCUGCUUCGCACGAUAUCUAUUCCGAGAGGUAAAGGUGGCAAGCCGAAUCAGGGAGUCGCUAAUGUCUACGAUCUAUUCGUCGAUCACGAUGGCCGUUUUCCUUCCGGUGAUGACGAUCGUAGAGUCUUGGAUAUUCUCGCGAAUAAGAAUCAAAAGAAAGCAUCGGGCAAUACUUUUGAGAAACUACUUUUAUUCUCUUCGUACCGAUUCCACGCAUCAACAAAAAUGUUUUUGAAAACGCGGUGGUGGUGGUGGUGGUGGUGGUGGUGGUCGUCUGUUGUGUUCUGGCUGCUCUCUCUCCCCGUCAUUCAAAGUUCAACACUAACGUUGAAGGAAACUGACAAGAAUGAAUUUACACUUGUAACUUGUCAUCGGAAAAUGCAUUCUGGUAAAAAGACGAUGGAACUGCUGAUCGACCGUGUCGUUGAUUGUCAAAACGUGCGAGAUUGCCAUCACGCGUGCGAGCAUGAAAAGACGUUCGAUUGUAGAGGUUUUAACUACAGGCACGAAACAAAUGGAUUAAAGGGAACAUGCGAACUGACUGCCACACCAUACUUUCGCAUGAAACCAGACAGAGACUUUCUGAUUGAUUCUCGAUACGACUACUACGAGAGGGAUCAAAAUUGUUUUCCUUUUGUGAGAAGCGACGGUUCUUUCGCUGGGAAGAAUCGGCCAAAUCUACCGUGGUCACGGACGGAGCAAGAGAAUGCGAACAGUGAUAUUUUCCGACAGCCGUCCGUUUCGAUGAGUUUCCCAUACUACCAAACAAUCUAUCCGACAAGUCACGAGUUUACUCGAGACUUUCUUGAUAAACACGAACCACGACCCAAUAACCACGAACAAUUUUCGCACAAAACUCUUCGCGAUUUUCCUUUCCAUCAAAACCCGCCCUCAAACUGGUACGGUAAUGGGAUGAGAUCAGAAAGUAACUUGAUACACGAUGCCAAUUCUUUCCACGAUCCUCCUCGCAUUGACUUCAACAAUGGACUCUCAAACGUGAGAUCUUCAGUUUCUCCUGCACACCGAAUCGACGUUCAAUCGUUACAACGCGAUUUCUUUUAUCCCCGAGGAAAUGAGCAUUCUUCCGACCAAUUGUACAGUUACGGUAGCGCAUUUGGAUACGACGCUAAUUACGUACCUUCCUCGAAAGAACAGAGUUUCGGAGGACGCGAGGUGACAUCGACAAGGCCAAGAUGUUUCAUAAAGUACGCAACAGGUUCGAAGCUCGGUAGAAACGUAUUACGGAAGUCGUGCCUCGCGCGUGAUCCGAAGCAAUGCGAACAACUUUGUAUCGUCGAAACAGCCUUCGCGUGUGGAAGCUUCGCUUACAGACACAAUCUACAAACAACGAAUCCCACCGAUAAUUGUUUGUUCAGCGACCUUUCGUACAAAGACUUCGAUUCUUACACGGAUCUGGAGCCAGAUCGCGAUUACGACGUAUACAUAACGGCUCAAGAUCCAAAGGUUUGCAACUCGAAAGAAACAACAGACCGACUCCCUUCGGGGGAGGAGGAAUGUUUCUCGAGAGUGAGAAGCGGCUUUGGCAUACCGAUGGAUAUUACGAGAAAGUCAACGUUUGCGCAGAAUUUGGGAGAAUGUCAGUUCGCCUGUACGAAAGCGCAAGAAUUUCUCUGUAAAACUUUGGUCUAUGUGUACGGAACGAUAAAGUACUCGUAUCAGGAGCGUGACCGCCAUCAGCAUGCAGACUCAAACUGUUUUCUAAGCGAUUGGCCCUCGGGGGAAAUCGAUCCGGUUAACAUGCUCGAUAUGGACGGCGCUGAAUUAUACGAAAGAAGUAGUUUCUCCUAUGGUUGCGGGACAUAUCCUUUGAUAACGUCGAUAUCCGCUUUGUCUGCAUGGUACGGCAAGGAAUCCGACUCGGCCCUUUCGGAUGAACCUUGUUACGCUCAGUAUCAUAGGCCAUGCAAAUUAAUGCCUCACGCGAUAGUGUCCUCGAUGCGAGCUCCCACGAAAUCAGAGUGCCGUCAAAAAUGUUCAUCGAUGAGAAACACGGGUACGGUGCCGUGCAUGUCUUUCAAUUACAUGAUUACUGCCACUGACAGUGCCCGAGAUAAUUGUUGGUUCAGCGAUAUACCCGUCCAAGACCUGAGACCAAACUUGGACUACACCCACGACGGCAGUCAUUUUCUCUAUACGUGGAAAGAUCUUGAACCAUUUUGCGGGCUGUCGCCGAGUCCUCUUUACGAGACAAAUGCCGCGCCAGUCUCCAAAGAACACGGAAGAUCCUCGUUCCCUUCCACGUUCGACCGAGUGCUGCAUCCAGAAAUCCUGUUUGACGACAAAUCUCACGGCACAGGGUCCAUCUUCGCGGCUACGUCUCGAACGAGAGAUAAAUUCCAACCGAAGAUAUACGGACACGGUUACGAGGAACGAGAGAGCGAUCACGAAACGGACAGUAUUUUCGAUAAACCUUUCGGUCGCUUCGAGCACGAGCUCGACUUCCACGUCCAUUCAAGGACACUCUCGACUUUCCAACGUUACACGGUAAACGGUCACCCUUGUAGAAAUGGGACCUUUUGUCAGCGGAACGAGAUCGUUGGUUUUUGGUCCUGUGAAAUCGAUGACGAUACGGAACACGCUGCUUGGGAUUAUUGUUGCGAACCUGAACAUAGAUGUGGCUUCUCACAAGGAUAUCAUUAUCCGUGGUGCUACGUCGGUUCGAGUUACGACCAGUGGCGACCUUGUAGCGAAACAUAUUAUCCCUAUUAUUUAUCGAAAGAUCGUUCAUUCUACCAACAGUCGCUAGCAAACUCUGCGCGACAUUGGCCGAUCAUCUAUCAACACGAGACCUUACCGUCGGGCUGCACUCUUGGCAAUAUCACGGAAAGGAGGAACUUGCGCCUAUAGAAACACAUUCAAUAAUCUCCAGUAAUAAUCCGUAUAACAACAGAUUAUUACCAAUAUAUUUUCCGUUGAUUCUCGCUUCCAACGCCUGUAUUUGUCACAAUAAAAAUAAGUUUGCAACUUCGUAUUGUACGACGUACAAUCAUAUAUAAAUACACAUGUUUUUCUAUAGUUGUAUGAAAUCGUUUCUAUGUUGGUUUACCACCUUCGAUCAUUUUGUGUUUACUCUAGACGUAAAUGGCAC